UUUAGUUUUGCUUUGCACUGCAGUGCAGUUAUUUUAACUUUUAUCUAGUAAAUGACAACAUUGUUUAAAAAUAUCCAACUGAACAGUACUACCGUGAUAAAAUGAACAGGGAAUUUGCUAUCGUGAACAUGGUGAAGAAAGACAGUACUUUAGUUGGAAGUAUUGUCAAAUUGCUAAGAAGUUGAUUCAACUAUACUGUAUUUUGGUACUGAGUUAUAUGGAGUAAAAUAUCCAAAGAGAUCAUCAUGUUAGCACUGCGAGUGUUGGGACGUGUUUUCGCACAGUCACUGGAAGUAUAUUACAGUGCACUCCAUCAGAAUAUUAAGGCACUAAAGAUCCUGCCAAUUUGCAGACAAUAUUGUGUUCAUAGCAACACUCCAAAUAUGUUGUGUCGCAUGCAUUUUACAAGACGACUAAAAGAGCUAUAUCAAGAAUGUAUGCAAAAAGGUGCAGAGAAUUCACGCUGCUUUAUUUGUAAGAAACAUCUACCUUUCGUAUGUGUAGGUGGUCCUGGAUUGAUUUAUGUUCAAUACCAGGUACGGAAGUAUUGGAAUUCGUGUAAUCUACACAUCCAAGCUUUCUGCAGCAGAUUGGACCCUGUCAGCUCAGUCUCAAAUUAUGAGUCUGCAGUACUGCAUAAUACAAUUUGUAGGCAGCUUAUGAAUAUACUUUGUUCCAUACGAUAUGUAAUUCGGCUAUUUUUUAGAGCAGUGAGACUAAAUUUGACAUUUUGGCCGAUUUUAUUUCUCUAUCCAUUUGCAUUACUGAGUGAAAGACUCCGACAAGUAUGGUGGAACCUGUUCUUGUUUGCCGUUGAGAUUUCUGGUCCGGCUUUCAUAAAAUUUGGUCAGUGGGCCAGUACGCGACGCGAUCUCUUCUCAGACGAGUUUUGUGAUAAGUUUUCCAUCCUGCAUCACCAUGCUCGGAGUCACUCCUGGAAACACACCGUUGCAAAGCUGAUGCAGGCGUAUGGCAAGGACUGGAGAAGUAUUUUCGUCAUCUUUGAAAACAAUGCAAAGCCAGUGGGAUCAGGAUGCAUUGCCCAGGUGUAUAAAGCUUACAUCCGAGAAGAUCAUUUACCAGAGACAUUUCAAGACAAGCUGUUGCAGGACCGGUUGAUGGAAGAAAACCUCAACAACCAAACAAGCUAUGCUGAAGGUAUUGAUAUUUCAUCUACUGAAGAAAUUGACGAAGAUGAUUCUAUAUUUGAUGAUGAGGACAGCCUAUAUAUUCCUAGUCAGCCUGAGAGCAGUGAUAUUCCAGACAAUGUCGAUACCAGUAACUUAAUUCCUGUAGCUGUUAAGGUUCUUCACCCUAAUGUACAUGCAGUUUUCAACCGUGACCUUGUUUUGAUGCGGGUUAUGUCUCGGCUAUUACAAAGUAUUGUUCCGAGUCUACGCUGGGUCAGUCUGGUCGAAUGUGUGGACGAGUUUGCCAUCUCUAUGAAGAAACAGAUGAACUUGAUUAGUGAGGCUCGGUGCAUGGAGAGGUUUUAUGACAAUUUCUCAGAAAGUUCUUCAGUUCGAAUUCCACGUCCAAUCUGGCCUCUUGUCAGGAGAGAUGUGUUGGUGGAGUCUUUCGAAGAAGGUGAGCCAAUAUCCAAGUUUUUAAAAGACGAAAGUGAUCAUCCAGCCGGUUUGAGAGAGAAGCUCGCUCAACUUGGGGUUGAUGCUUUACUCCAGAUGGUGUUUGUUGACAAUUUUGUGCAUGGAGAUCUCCAUCCAGGAAAUAUUCUAGUCCAAAGGUCUGAAGAUUUUGGUGAAAAGGAAGAAGAAAAAGUAGUUCUGCUUGAUGUUUUGGACACCACAGUAACUACAAUUAUUAAAGUACCUUCCCCGAUUCGACUGGUGUUUCUCGACUGUGGAAUUACAGCAUCUCUGAGUGGUGGUGAUUUAGAGAAGUUCACUGAAGUCUUCACAGCAGUAGUCAAAGGAGAGGGAGAAACUGUUGCGGAGUUGUUUCUUCGGAAGACAGCCGUGAUGGAUUGCGAGGAUGAAAAACAGUUUAUCAAGGACAUGGCACAUGUUGUGAACAAGGCCAGGGGAGCAACAAUUAAACUGUCACAGAUCAACGUGGCCGAACUGUUGUCCGAAGUGUUUGGUGUGCUGGCCAAGCACCACGUGAAGAUGGAGAGUAACUUCGCGAUGAUCAUCCUUGCUAUAGGAGUCCUAGAAGGCCUGGGGCGAUCUCUCGACCCCAAUAUUGACAUACUGGAGAAAGCCAGACCUGUUCUAUUGCGACAAGCCAUGCGUUUGUAGCAGCAUUUUAAUUAACUUACAAAAUCUGCAAUAUUUAUUACAUGACUAGAUUUGAUUUUUUAAAUUAAUUUUUAUUUGCCGUUUUAGAAUUUUAUAUCUCUAAUUUUAAAUAUAUAUAUAUUUUGUGAUCAUUGUGGGAAAUAUAAAAUCCAGAAAUUUGAUUGUUGGCACAUAUGAACUCCUUAAGCAUCCUGGAAAUCCUGGAAUGUCCUUGAAUUUUGUGAUUUUAAAAUCAAGGCCAUGAAAAAGCAUUUAAUUUUAUUGUGUCUUGGAAAUUUAGGCCAAAUUUUGUUUCGCAUUUUUACGUUUGUUGUCCUCAUAACUGUUUAAAUUCAAAUAACAGUUUGUUAUAAAAGCAUUCAUUGAUUGAACUUUUCAUGUCCUGGAAAAAUAAAAAAAUGUCCUGGAAAUGUCCUUGAAUUUUAUGGGCUUUUUAAAGUGUAAGAACCCUGAUAUAUGAACUGUUUAAGUCCAUUCAAUGUGUGUGAGGUUUUGCUUUACUGCUUUAUUGAGACCAGUUCUUAUCGCAGUUACUAGUGCAAGGCCACAUCACUGAUUUCUCUCUCACUAACAACUAACCACUAACCUAUGUCCUGGACAGACAGCCCAGAUAUGUGAAGUGUGUGUGUGGACAGUACAGCAUCCUUGAACCAUAAAUCUGAAUAACAAGACCCGUAUUCCAUGAUCAAAAUUGUAUCUCUGCACAAGGCAGAGUUGAAAGGAUGUUUUAGGCAAAAGCAUUAAUUUACAAAAUGAAUGGUAAAUACAUGUACUUGAUUACAAAUACUGGCCUGGUGCUUUAUAAAACUUUAGCAUCUAGACUCGAGACUCUUUUAAUAGAGUCUGAGACGCUGAUGUCAUGACAACGCCAUAGAAAUUGUAUGCGUGUGACGUCAUUAAAGAUCGAGUCGGGACUCUAAACGUUUUAUAAGCACGGGCCCUGGUCUUCUGUUGUUUUAGAUGUGUCAUUGACUUGGUAUUAUUUAAGACCCAGCUACUAUUAACUGGGAAACCAGUCAUGACACUGAUGUGCUUCCAAUGUAGCAGAAAACAAGACUUGAAUAGUAGGGGUUGGAACAUAGCCUAGUGGUAAAGUACUUGCCUGAUGUACAGCUAGCUAGGAUCGAUACCUGUCAGUGGGCCCAUUGGGCUUGUUCUCGUUCCAGACAGUGCUUCACAGCUGGUGUAACAAAGGGUGUGGUAUGUACUGUCCUGUGUGUGAAUGGUGCAUAUAAAAGAUCCCUUGCUGCUAAUG